AUGUUUAUUGAUCAGCUCCCGGCAGGCAGGCCUGCGUGACAGCGGUCAGAUCAGUCGGGAUAUGGCGUCGCAGCACCGAACCGGGAUGCGUCUUCCUCUCUCCGCGGGAAUCUGCCAGCCGUGCUCCGGGGGCGCUCCUGCCUUCUGAGGCUGCUGACGGGGGGAGAGGGAGAGGGGGAGAGGGAGAGGGAGGGGGGGCAUACAUGGCGACGGAGGAGGAGGACAACAACAACACGGCGGUGCCCGCGGCCAACAUCCGAGCCGACGCCAAGGAUAAAGGAGGAGGAGGCGAUGCCGGGGACGGCGGGGCUUGUGUUGACCGGCAGCCGGACGCGCUGCUCCAUCAGGCGGGGCUGAGCCGGACGGCGGGUCGCGGCAGCCGCAGCGGUCCCGGAGCUCACUCUGCGACGGGGAUCCGAGUGCUGAAGCGCAACAUGAAGAGAAACGGGAGCCGGAGCUGCGUGACGAGGAAGACCAGGUUCGGGUCGCGGGAGCGAGACUGGCUGAAGGGGGACACCCAGCGAGGCUGCGUGUGUCUGUAUGGCGGCGCCGCGGACCCCCAGCCGCCGGCCUCCGGCCCGCAGGCCUCCUCCACGCCGCAGACGGACCUGCAGCUGGUGCUCUGCUCCACCAGCACCACCGUGGAGGACCUCUGUGCUCAGAGGAGCGGACAGGGGCUCUACGUUCAGCUGCACGGAGACCUUGUCAGGAGGCUGGACCCCCCGGAGCGGCCCCUCCAGAUGGUGUACGACUACCUGACGUCCAUGGGUUACGCAGACCCGGCGCGAGUGCAGCAUGAAGCGGCCAACUCCGACCUCAGCUGCAUGAUCCGUUUCUACAGCGAGAGGCCGGGCAAUGCAGACCAGCAGGAGCGGACCCUGUUGAAGGGGGUGUUCAGCGUCAGGAAAGGGAAGACGCAGCUGCACAAGUGGGCGGAGCGGCAGGUCAUCCUCUGCGGCACGUGUUUGAUAGUGGCCUCGGUGAAGGAUAGCCUGGCGGGGAAGAUGCACAUUCUACCCCUGGUGGGCGGAAAGGUGGAGGAGGUGAAGCGGCGGCAGCACUGUCUGAUGUUCAGCUCGGCCGGGUCCCAGGCGCAAACCUACUUCGUCAAUUUUGACACGCUCGCCGACUACCAGCGAUGGCACCGGCAGGCGUCAAAGGUGGUUUCUCAGACGGUGAGCCUGGUGGACUUGUCCUGCUACAGCCUGGAAACGGUGCCUGAAUAUCUGUUUUACUGUCAGGAUCUCACCCACCUUAACCUGCGGCACAACUUUAUGAGGCUGGAGGGACCUGGAAGCCUGCUCAACCUCCCCAGGUUUUCCCAGCUGAAGAGUCUGAACAUCUCUCACAACCGUCUGGGUGUUUUCCCUGAGUGUGUGUGUGAGAUCCUCACCCUAACCGAGCUGAACCUCUCCUGCAACAAUCUGCACACCAUCCCUGUUCAGAUUGGCAACCUUCAGAGCCUGCAGACACUGUCUUUGGAUGGGAACCACCUAAGCUCGCUGCCUGAAGAGCUUGGUGGUCUGUCUCAGCUCAACAGCCUGGGGUUCUCCUUCAACAACUUCUCCCACGUCCCCACGGUGCUGGAGAGGCUGUGUGCAGUGGACAAGCUGGCCAUGGCCGGGAACCGACUGGAGAGCUUGGAGCUGUCCACGCUGGUCCGAAUGAUCCACCUGAGGAACAUCGACCUCCGGCUGAAUGGGCUCCGGUGUGUUAAAUGCGACACCGCAGAUCCAGUGAGCCACGUGACCCAGCUGGACUUGCGGGAUAACUGCCUGGACUCGCUCGACCUGAACUCCGUCUGCAACCUGGAGACUCUGCACUGCCAGCGGAACCAGCUGGGGACACUCACGCUCAGCGGUUUCACGCUGCGCACGCUUCACGCCGGCAGCAACCGCCUUUCCACAGUCAACGUCUAUCCAGUCCCGAACCAGCUGACACACAUGGACCUUUCACAGAACCUGUUGGAAUACCUUCCAGACUGGGUGUGUGACUGUCGAAAAAUUGAGAUGCUGGAUGCUACCCACAACCUUCUGUCUGAACUUCCUUCCAGGUUGCUGAACAGCUUGAGUUUGAGGAAGCUGCUGGCGGGGAACAAUCAUCUGCAGAGAGUGCCUGACCUCCUAGACCAUAUCCCUCUGGAAACCCUUGACCUGCAGCAUAACAAGCUCACCGAACUUCCAGAGAGCCUCUUUUACAAGGCCUUAAACCUAAAAUACCUAAAUGUGUCAGCCAACGCCUUGGAAAGCAUCCCCCCCAGCAGCCAAUCAGAGGAGAGCCUCAGCACUCUCCAGGAGCUCUACCUGACCGGGAACAACCUGAACGAGAACUGUGGUGCUCUGUUGGUCGGACACCAGAACCUGCGGAUCCUUCAUGUCGCCUACAACCAGCUGCUCUCUUUCCCAGCCAGUAAGCUGAGUAAACUGGAAAUGCUGGAGGAGCUCAAUUUAAGCGGGAACAAGCUGAAGACGAUCCCCUCCACCGUGUCCAGUUGUAAGCGGCUGCACACGCUCAUAGCACACUCGAAUCAAAUAACCGUCUUCCCAGAAAUCCUCAACCUGCCUGAGAUCAAGCUUGUAGAUCUGAGCUGCAAUGAGCUGACUGAGAUUCAGCUACCUGACUCCCUGCCUGCCACGCUGCAAGAGCUGGACCUGACGGGCAACAGCAGCCUCACGCUGGAGCACAAAACCCUCAACCUGUUCAGUCACAUUACCACGCUGAAAUUAGACCAGAAGUCCCCGCCGACACCCGGAGACUCCCUGGGCUCCUCGGCUCUCUGGAAGCACGGUUACUCUGAGAUGAGAGGCCAAAGGAAUAAGUUGUGUGUUUCUGUGCUCGCUGUGGACCGUUUUGGAGACGGCGGCGAAGGCUGCUACGGCAUCUUCGACGGCGACCGCAACGAAGAGGUACCACGGCUCUUGCAGUGCACCAUGGGAGACGUGCUUUGCGAAGAGCUACAGCACUCCAGGACUGACGCAGUCUACAUGUGUAACACCUUCCUCACCUCACACAGGAAACUUGGCAUGGCUGGACAGAAACUCGGUGCUUCUGCCCUGUUGUGUUACAUCCACCGUGAGGUGUCCGAGUCCGGGGGCUGCUUUAGCCUCACGGUGGCUAACGUGGGCACGUGCCAGGCGAUUCUGUGCCGUGACGGACAGGCUGUACAGCUCUCAAAGGUCUUCAGCUUGGAGAACUCCACUGAGGAGAUGGAGAGGGUUAAAGUCCAUAAAGCCAUUAUAACAGAGGAUAACAAAGUGAGCGGAGUGACGUGCUGCUCCCGCUUGUUGGGCUGCUCCUAUCUGUCUCCCUGGGUGCUUCCAAAGCCCUGGGUGCACACCGAGCCGCUCUGUGCCAAGGAUGAGUUCCUGAUCCUGGGGAACCGGGCCCUUUUUGAGCGGGUGUCCUACCAGGAGGCUGUGCGCACUGUGCAGGCCGUGCGGGAUCCGCGGGCCGCCGCCAAGAAACUGUGCUCCCUGGCCCAGAGCUAUGGCUGCAAGGACAAUAUAGGAGCCGUGGUGGUGUCACUGCAUGUCGGCGAGGACAGCUGCACUUGUGAGCCGCCGGCGUCGAACGACGAACUGCGGGGUCCGCCCCCGGCCCCCGUGCCGGUGUCCGCGCCCCCGUGCCCCAGCGAUCCGGGAAACCUCUCGUUCAGCAGCGGCAUCGGUACCGAGUUCAGCAGCGAGACGUCAGCCUCAGAGGUAGGCAGCGAGGCGGGAUCCACCGCCUCGGACGAGCCCCCGUCCUCCGGCUCCGCGUCUCGCCCCGAGCGGCGCUGCAGCCUCCACCCUGCUCCCACGCCCUGUGGGAUCAUGGUGCCGGGUCCAGCUGCGGCAGCAACCCACCCUGGUGUUUUCCAGCGCCAGCCCUCCAGUGCUACAUUCUCAAGCAACCAGUCCGACAACGGCUUGGACAGUGACGACGAAGCUCCACCCGAGGGGGUUAUCUCCAAUGGGAGCAAGUUAGAGGUUGAGGUAGACAUCCACUGCUGCGCUUUCCAGCUCCGGUCCGGGGCCCUGGAGAGCCCGAAGGAGCUGAAUCUUGAAAACCGUCACGGUAGAAUACGCAGACAGAACAGCGUGGUGGUUUCCGCCACAAACGGCUGUCUGCUGGCUGUGUGCGGGAGGGAGAACGGAGACCUCAAGAAGUCCCCUUCCACGUCCAGCCUGUUCGGUAAGAAGUUGUCCAAUGGCUCUGUGGUGGCCCUGGAGGAGAGUCAUAAUAUUAUUGAGGUGGCCCUGGAGGCUCCUAAGAAGAAAUCGGGAUACUUCACCGCCCCAGCUCAGCAGGACCCAGAGGACCAGCUGAUUGUGCCUCCUGGUCUUGAGCAGGAGAUCAGGGAGCAGCUGAAAGGCCAGAGCCUUCUUGUCUCAGGCAUCUCCACACCACCAACACCCACUUGUGUGAAAGAUCCACUGUGGGAUCAACCGCACCCUCAUGCGUUUGCCUCCAGCUUGGUUCCAGGCCCGGGCCUCGCUACCAUCAUGCAGCAGGAAGUCUAUGAUACAGCCCUCUAGGACGCUUGGACAGCCGAUUGGAGGCAGUUUGGAUUGUGCCAUUCUGGAGGCGUGGAGCUAUCUCUUUACAGCUGGUUGGGUUGGAAGAAGUUGCCAUUUGAAUUUUUUUUUUCUUUUUGAAAAGACAAGAAACGCCUUUAGACCUUUGUCAUUGACUGAUACUGUGCCAUUAAAGAGAGAUAAACAGAACAUGCUCUGAGUAUCCACCACAAUAGGGCUGAACAGGAUUUCCACGUGUCCAGUAUAUCAACAGCAUUUCCCUUUACUCGGAAAGUUAAGCAGUCUGAUGCAUUGUGGUCAAACCUACCCUUGAGGAACCCAAAGGUGUCUCAGGUUCUGCAGAGAUGGAUUAGUGCUGAUGCUUGAAAAAGUGCCUACUACGGACGACACAUCAGAAAGCUCAACGCAUCCAGUUUAGGUGUUGGGAUGAGAGCUUUUUUUUAGUUACAAUCAGACAGGGCACAGUUUUGUUUUUGUUUUUCAAACACUGGACAUCCAUGGACGUUUUUUUAUGGCUGUUAAUGUUUGGCCCGUUGUUUUCUUUAUCAGACCCAGAAAAAUAUAUUGAAAACUUGACUUUUUAUGCCAUAAUCCCAUAUAAAUAUAGCCUAAAUUAAGAUGUGAAAGUCAAGCUUUGUUUAACCACAAAGACCUUUCAACUAAACAUCAGUGGACGCCUUUACGUGUACGUCUUUUCAGAGUUCACUUUU